UUCGCCGCAUGUGCAUGCGUUGAAGCAAAACAUGCGCAAUCUGUGAGCAGUCGGUGCACAUUUUGUAGCGCGAGUAUCUACAGAACUUUCUGCUGGUAAACAAGUCAACGUUCCUACUUGCAACAUGGAGGAACUAUACGUUGUAAGCAGAUUCACCGAUGACAACGAGGCACCAGGGCAAAAGAUUGACCCGGACAAGCGCCUGCGCAAAAUCUUAAAGAAAGCCAAGCGAAAACAAGAAGCAGCACACAGUUCAGCACAAGAUGAAUGUCAGCCCACAGAUUCAGUGGACGUUACACAUAAACAUAAGCAGAAUGAUGACAAGAAGAGGGAAAUUGAUUACAAGAAACUCGCACAGGACGAGACUACGGUGCCGCCUUCUAAGAAGGUCAAGCUGAAGGACUUGGAUGACAAUGCAGCCUCGGCAGAGCCUUUGUCGGAUGUUUCAAAGUUAGAAACGCCAGCAGUUAAAAAGAAAAGCCGGAGGAAGAGAAGCCAACAGCCUCGCGUGCGGCGUAACAGAGGCAAUGGGAACUCAAGUGCUGUUGGUGACGAAGGAGUCGGCAAUAAUCCACUCCAUAGAGCGAAAGCCACGGAAAGCCGCAAUCAUAAGCCUGGAUUAGAUGACGAGUUACACCGCAGUAAAGUUGAAAGCACAGGAGGUGGUGAUUCACCCGGCAGAGUAAAACACACAGCAAGUGACGAGCAUAUGCCUGCCUUAUAUAAUGAGCUGCAUGAUAGCAAGGUUGAAGGCACAGCAGAUGGUGAGGACAAAUCUGUGAGAGAGCCUGUUGACACCAGUCUUGGAGAAUAUUAUCCAAUUCUAGGUGAUGUGCAAGUGAAAAAGCCAGAUGCAGUGCAUCGAGUUCUACCGGAAUGGCUAUCUAAUCCAGAAAUGGUUCCAUCGACGGUGAAGAAAGGCAAGAGGCCUGGUAGCAUGAAGAUAGAACACUUCAGCAGCAGCCUAAGUGCCGAGAUGAUGUCUAUGUUGACUGCAAACCACAUACGAAAGCUGUUCCCUGUGCAGGAGAAGGUAGUUCCAUGGCUUCUUUCAUCGGAGCAGCGGCGUUCGCACCUGCCCCCGCGCGACAUUUGUGUUUCUGCACCAACCGGCAGUGGCAAGACUCUUGCAUACGUUAUACCCAUUAUAGAAGACCUUAAAGCUCGUGUCGUGCGUGCUGUUCGUGCUGUUGUAGUUCUUCCUGUGAAGGAGCUUGCAGCACAAGUGCAUGCUGUAUUUUUGCAGUAUGUUGGUACAACAUCGCUGAAUGUGCAAUUGGUUACCGGGACGAGAACGUUCGCUGAGGAACAAGGGUUGCUUGUUCGCAAAGGUACCAAGGGCUAUGCGAGUUUAGUUGAUAUUGUAGUGGCUACACCGGGACGCCUCCUCGACCAUAUACGCAAGACUCCCGGCUUUAACCUGCAUCUGCUAAAAUACUUCGUGCUGGACGAAGCUGACCGUGUUAUUGAGGAUGUGCAGACAACAUUGAUCCCCGAGGUAGAACAGGCCGUUUUCGGUACAGCCAAGAAGAACUGCACUUGUGAAAGCACUGUUCACAACCGGCUGUGCACACAUCCAUUGACUGUUUGCUGUCUUCAGCAUUGCCGAGAGCCUGUGCAAAAGCUACUCUACUCGGCUACACUGACUCAAGAUCCUGAUAAACUGCAAAGCCUUAUGCUUUUUCAGCCAAAGCUUUUCACAGCCACUGCAACAGUCGGCAUGCCAGGCGAUGAACAACGGCAGAAAACUUUUGUUGGAAAGUAUACUACACCACAGGGGCUUAGCGAAUUCUACUACCUCACUCACGAUAACAAAAAGCCAUUGGCCGUAUGGGAUCUUGUGGCAAACCACGGUUUCCGGGACACCCUUUGUUUCACUGCUUCCAAGGAGGAUGCCCACAGGCUUAGCUUGGUGCUCAAAGAAAUGGGUAAUGUUCGUGCUGAAGAAUUUUCUGCUAAACUGAGCAUAGCAGAUCGUGAACGAGUGCUGAGGAAGUUCGCGUCUGGCAAACUAGACAUCUUAGUCUGCUCUAAUGUUCUGGCCAGAGGUCUUGACGUGGCAAAUGUGCGCCAUGUCAUAUGCUACGACCCUCCAAAGUUUAUCAAGACAUAUGUGCACAGGGUGGGUAGGACUGCACGUGCUGGUGUUCCAGGCACAGCCGUGACAUUUCUGCGGCAAGGUCAGUUGCGGGCUUUCAAGGAGAUGCUUUCGUCAGCUGGAAAGACCGACAUUCAACCCCUCGAUCUUGGCAAAACUGAUGAGCUUGAAGAAUUGCAAAGCAAGUACCGGGAUGCUCUUAAGGCCGUGGAAGCUAUUGUGAAGAGCGAACAAGUUGGCCCGGAGAGGAAGAAAAAGUACAACUUUGCUGCCAAGUCUGCAUUGGCUAAUGAGGUGUAAUAUAAAUAUGUACCUACUUUAUAAACUGUUGCUUUGAAGCCUGUAUAUAUGUGACAUAAUUGGUAUGCAACCUAAAUAUUUUGAUUUAAGAGACUUAGCAUUUGUGUCACCAUUUACAUCUCUUUUUAAUUUUGGAGGAAU